CUUUAUCCUUUGCUAUAAACACUUCUCAGUUUUUUGGCUCUGGUGGCAUCUGCUUCUUUUCUUUACCCCCAAGGUGUGUAACUGGCGAUUCUAUACAACAACGAUGAAUCUUGAUUUUGAUGAUUCCAUCAGUAUGCAUCCUGGUGUGAGAAGACAAGAACGGGACAAGAUUCGAAGUCGUUUUAUAAGACUUGUCGAUAGUAAACUGGCUUUACACAGGAAUGCUCCUUUAAACAGACUCUCCAUCAAGUGCAAAGAUGACGUUGGCCCAGCUCCUGUCAUUCGUUGGAUAAGCAAAGUUCUGAACCGUCAUGUUACAGAACUUGUUCUAAGCAUCUCUUCUCAUUGGUCUUGGCCUCUGUCUUCCGAGGUUGAUUCGAGUGAAACAAUGUGUCAGGAGUUUUGGGAAUCUUGCUCCGUAUCUAGCAUUACCCUCAAGAGACUAACGUUUCAUACCUAUCCAAACGUGAAUUUUCCUUUACUUGUUGAAGCUAGUCUCGAUCUGCGAAUGACUCAUGAACAGAUCGGUCAGGCUAAACUUUCAGAGGAUGAUAUAGCUAAAGAAAAAGAGGGAACUAUGGUUGGGAAUGCAACGGUUCUUCUUAUGGGAAUAUGCAAUGUUAAGAAGCUUUACUUAUCUGACAACACUCUCGAGGUUCUUGCUUUCUGCUGCAAACCAAUGCCGGUUUACAACAACCUGGUUCAUCUAACUAUCAAGACUCACCGAGAUGUAGAAUGGAAAUCACUGACCGCACUUCUCAAGAACUGUCAAAAUCUUGAAACUCUUGUCUUCGAUGGACUUCUCCAUAGAUAUGGAAUGAAUUGUAGAAGUUGCGAGUGCUUAUGCAAACCGUGGGAGGAGGAGGACGUUCCUACUUGCUUAUCAUCAAGUCCUGUGAAGGUCCUUGAGAUAUUGAAGUUUGGAGAUAUCUGUGAAGACGAGGACAUGGAUAAAAUGAUGGAGCAAGUUGAGUACUUCCUUGAGACGAUGCCAAAUCUUGAACAACUCAUAAUACACUAUGAGACGUCUAUUGAUGAAGAUGUGGAGGAAGUUUUAAGCCAGUUUCAGAUGGUUUCUAGAGAAGGAUUAAGCAAGUGUAAGAUUCAAGUCAUCUCUGAUAACCUCAACUUGUCUUCAUCUACUUAA